UCAGCACUGCUCACCACUCGCCUUCUUCAGUCUCCCACGUUUCUACUUGCUUCACUCGUUCUCCGGAUAUCGUCUGUGCGAGACAAGUUCCCUUUGGGGUCCCUUUAAACUGACACGUAAUCGAUUUUCACGAGUGAUAACUACGAAUACUUGAUUCGAAUAGGAGAUAAAUAAUCUGCGGUGGGUCGACUGCACGUUAAAGCGAAUUCAAUGGAUUUUCCGAAAACAUUUGGAGUAAACGAAUAAAUAAAUAUUUUCACAAGUGAUUUUGUCGUGAAAAAAGUGGUGAAAUUAGUGAAAUUGAAAUGGACUGAUUUAUUUAUUUGAAUAAUUGAACGCUCUUAUGCAGUUCUCGAGGGUCGAGGGUAUUUUCAAAUUAAAUUUGAAGGAAAACUGCUGGAACGGAGGCUUUUUGCUGGGGUAAUAAUCGUUUUUUUCUGAUGGAAUAGUGAUUUGAGGUUUUCCAAGAAAAGAAAUUUCGCCAUUACCAGCUAAAAGUUAUGAGGACAUUGGUAAUUUGUCGAUAGAUUGUUAAUGUUGUACUUGGUGGGCUGGAAAUAUUUUAAACUAGUACAUCAUUGAUUUUACGAGGUAGAGAUGAUAUAAUUCUUUCAAUGAAGAGAUAAUCUUCUUCUGCUCCAGAAUCUAUUCGGUGUAUCAGUUAUUGAUUGGCACCGAGGAGUGACCGAAAUUCACAAAAUUUAGUUGUUCUCAAGUGCAUAAAAAUCCUAACAAUAUCUUUAAUAACCUUAACCUAAUUAUUUCAUUUCCUUAACUCAGUUGUGUUUUUUAAUCCGUGAAAAACUCCGGGAACAUUAAAAAAAUCUCGUAAAAAGUGGUAAAAAUCUAAUUAGUUAAUCGAAUAAAUAAGUGAAUUUAUAUUUUCCAUUUUUUUCCUAGAGCAGAGACAAAAAUUUUCUGACAUUACCUCACAACUGAAUAUAUAACAAUACUCGACGGUAGAUUAUCGUGACACCUGUAAUCACCGACAAACGAUUGAAACUGUUGUUUACAUCAUCCAGAAGGUGUGAAUAGACAUUCCUGAAUGGAGAAAAAAAGAAUUCAAAAAGUUGGAAAACAUCUGCGCAAUAUUUUUAAUCGAUAAAUUACAAUUGGGGUCAAUAGCUGUCGUAAUAUUCCCGAAUAACUGAUGUGAAUUUCCAGCGCUUCUGGUGAUUGUAUUUGUUAUUUGCAAGGGGAGAGUGAUCACUAGUGAUUGUUCACAUACGGGAACGACCUCGAUCUUGAGAGCAGUUGCCAAUGGCUCGACACGACCGUGAGAUAUGCCGGUGUCGAGUGACCACGAGGCUUCCGUCUACCCUCAACCCUGGAAACGCAUACAAUCUAUCAAUUAUCAACGAUAACUGAUAAUUUCGGGUGGAUAAUUGCACGCAAGGACUUGGAAAAGUGAAAAUUGAAGACAAAAGUUUCUGCACAGUGAAAAUGAACUAAUCAUUAAUUUCAUGCGAAGCUGAGCCAACGAAACGAAACGGAGUUGAAAAUCAAUAAUUAAUUAAUUAAAAAAAAAAGAAGCUGUUGGAAGUGUUUUGUUAACUGUAUUCCCAAGUGCGGAAUAAACAAAAAAAGUGUGAAAGAUAAUAAGGUCGUGACAAUAGGGGGUGGUCAGUGGAAUCGAUAUUUCCCGAGCUCAACUGCAUCGUCAGUGCAAUGACCUCCAAACCAGCAAGGUCCUACUCUGUGAGAUCACCACGUGUCGGUGGACCACUUUCCCAGUCGCUGGCGAUGAUACCGCCGACAAUGCACGGUCACGAGUUCAAUCAACCGCUCUCGCGGGUCGUCAUGACCAGGAAAACUGAUCAGAGGACCUUCAGCAAAGGGCGAAAAGGUGGUGAACCGUUGCUGGAGACUGUUACACGAGAGACUGUUGAACUUUUUAAUGGCGGAAGGGCGGAGAGGAAGUACACAUCCGAGACAAGGGAUAUUGUUACACCAAAGUCGAGCAGUAUGCCAUCGCUGAACGUAAGUGGAACCAAAAAGAAGGUGGUUGCCUUUGUAGAUCAACUUGAUAUCGAAAGAUCACGUGCGGAUUCAGUGAGGUCCAAGUCACCUCUGAUAGCGUCCCCAGCGUCUCCAGGACCUCUAUCAAAUUCGUUACAUGGGAGUUUCCAUGGGAGUCUCGGAAGCGAUGGUAUGUCCUGCAGCAGUGCGAGGUCCUCAUCGGCUUCACCGGAUUCUGCACGUUACUCUUCGACGCAGAUAACAAAGACUGACACGUCUAAACCAUCUGUGCGCAGAUCUGGACCCGGCAAGGAAUUCAUUGAUCUUUGUCUAGAGACACAUAAUUUUUUUCGGGCGAGACAUGGAGUGCCACCACUCAGACUUAACAAACAGCUAUGCAAAACCAGCCAGGAUUGGGCAAACAUUCUGGCGACAAAAGGAAGACUGGAGCAUAGAGCAAACAUUGAGUAUGGAGAAAAUUUGUACUGUAUGUGGAGCUCAAACCCAAAGACUAUCGUCAAUGGCGAUGAACCUGUUAAUGAAUGGUAUGCAGAGGAAGCACAACAUCAGUAUAACAAAGAGCCGACAACGCUGAAGAGCGGUCAUUUUACGCAGGUCGUAUGGAGAGACAGUACCGAGCUAGGUGUAGGAAUGUCGCGUAAUCGUAAUGGCGAAGUUUACGUCGUAUGCAAUUACAAUCCAGCUGGCAACUUUCUCGGCAGUUUUAUGGAGAAUGUAUUACCACCUGGUGGAGGUUCACCGGGAAAAAGUAAUGGUCUAGCUUCCAGAGGUGCUCACUCAGCUGUCGAUGAAGCAUCGUGGCAGCAGGAGGCCUUGCUCGUUCAUAAUGAGUACAGGAGGAAACACCGAGUUCCUGAUCUCAGACUCAGCGGGGAACUGACUUCUGCUGCGAGGGCUUGGGCGAACACUUUACUUAACACAAAUAAAUUGGUCCCUCAGUCGAGCUCUCCUUUCGGUGAGAAUAUCUAUUCUGUGCAGUGCUCUGAUCCAAAACUCAUUGUUCCUGCACGUGAGGUUGUAUCCAAGUGGUACGCUGAACGAAAAGACCACAAAUAUGGCAUCGAACCAAAAGUAUUAAAUACCUGUCACUUCACGCAGAUCGUCUGGAAAUCCACCACCGAGGUGGGGAUAGCGAUGGCCAAAAAGGACGGAACUUGCGUUAUCGUGGCGUGUUAUCAUCCGAGAGGUAACAUUGUCGGUCAGUUUGCUGAGAACGUUCCGAAGCCCUCGCGUGUCGCAUGAUAAAUCCCCAACUCGUCGAUAACGUACCUAGGCCCUUGUAUUUACGCAGAAUCCCCCAAAAAUUUCUCGUAGGUGUAAAUAAAAAAAAACCACUACGUGAAAAUAAACAUUCCAUACCCAAAAUAAUGAGUAAAACUUGAAGACAAAUAAUUCUUUAUAUUUUUAUAAUUAAACAGAAAGUUUUUGUUGUUACGAAAAAAAUUCUUUGACUAGGAAUAAUUGAAAAGACAAAUCUUGUCUAUUUAAAAGAUAUUUUAGAGUGAAUAUCAACAGUAAUUGCUAUGACUGUUGUAUAUUUGUAGUGAAUUUACCUCACUUAUUGCGUUCUUAAAAAUGACAACAUAAGAUAUGGAGUUUCUCUUCUUAUUUUCGAUAAUUUUUCUUUUUAUAUUGCUUUAAAUACAGACGUUCGCAUUCAUUUUGAUAUUUUUUUCUGUUUUUGAUCGGCAAUGUAACUUUAAUCAAAAUAUAAUCACGAUUAUUUUCGACGCAUCCAAAAUUUAAACUCAAUUUAAUCUAUUAUUUGAGUGAAAAAUCAUUGUUACUUAAUUGUAUUCUAAAUUUCAUCCAGAAAAGAAUUGGUUAAAAGACUUCAUCAUCGUUGGGUGCAUUAGACAAUCUGUUUUUCUUCUUUUAUUAAGUAGUAUUUAUAUGUAUUGAUAUUUUUACAUAUCGGUGGUAUCAAAUCUGAUUGAAUUAUAUGGCGAAGGAAUAUUUUUUAUGAACAUGAAAUUUUCAAGAAAUAAAAGUCGUAUGAUUUUGUUCUAGAAUCCUUCACAGAUAUUCACAUAAUCCAUUAAAUUUAUUUUUUCGAGUUAUGAUUUCCGGCUCUUCACUAAUUGGUUUAAUUAAUAAAACAAUACCCAUUACAUCACCUCUUGUUUUCUCUCGAAAGUCGGUAGAAAAGAGGCUCCUAGUCUUAAUCUACAAAGCGUGUAUGCGCUGUACAUUUUUAUCCCAUUACUUUAUUUAAUUCUUAUUUUUUUAUGUCACCAGAAAAAUCGAAUUCCGAUUAAAAACAGUAGUAGAAAUGUCUAAGCUGAAUUGUAGAUGCAUUUUAUUUGAUUCCAAUGUCGAGAUCAGGUUUAGACCUAGUCAUUCAAGAAUACAUUGUAAGAUCUUCAAAUCAACUAAGAGAAUUGUAAAAAAAAAACAUUGUUAGAAAUAGAGUUGAUGAGGGGAGAAAUACGAAAAUAAUCGAGAAAUUCAUAACCGAUUAAUUACCAGCAUGUAAUGAACGUGCAUAUUGUGAUUUCAAUUUAACCAUUUGCAGGCAGCAAUUGAAAACGUAAAAUUAUUUAAAGAUAAUUAGUUAGGGAUGUGCAAGAGAGUCGCCCGUGGAGGCGAAUAACACUGAGAGAGAAGUACAUUUUGGACUCUUUACUACGACAAGAAUAGUGUACAAAAACACUUGUGAGAUUCAAUGAGAAUACUUGAACAUGAAUGUACCGAAAAUAAACCAUCUGAGGAUAUUGAAUUAUUUGGUACUUCCGUUCUCCUAAAUCCCACCAUUCAAGUCUGUUUCCUAUGGGUAAACUUUUGACAAUACAAGUGAGAGCUUGAUUUAUCAUUUUGGAAUCUUGCAUCAUAUUACGAUGAAUGAUUAAAAAUAAAUAAAAGUGUAUUAGACUUCAGAAAAAAAAAUUUUGCAUGAGAAAAAUUGGAAAAAAAAUGUUGUCUAUUUAAACAAUAUUUUAGAGUAAAUGUCAACAGUAUAUGCUAUAAUUAUAGUAUAUUUAUAAUAAAUUUAUCUCAUGCAUUGCGUUCACAGAAACGACAAUACACGAUAUGCAAUAGGUACAUUUUUCCUUAUUUUCAAUAAUUUUUCAUUUUAUAUUACAUUAAAUACAUCCGUUCACAUUUGGUUUUAUUUUUGGUUUCUGGUCGAGGAUUUAACUUUACUUAAAUGCUAAUUACAAUUAUAUUCGACGCCUCCAGGAAAAUUAAAUUCAAUGAAAAAUGAUUGUUACGUCAUGUUUUUUUAUAAUUAAAAAUUUAAUCAGGCAGAGCGUUAGACGAAAAAAUUGGUCAUCUUUGGGUGCAGUAGUCGAUAAUCUUUCCCCUUUCCUUGUGGUAAUAAGUAGUUACAUUUUUUCAAAUAUUUGUAGGCUACCAGUGAUCGAAAUUGAUUGAAUUGUCCGGUAAAGUUAUAAGAAAGGGAAAAUAACGCGAGAAAAUUAUAUUUUUUUAAUUGUGUGUGCAUUUUAUAAGUACCAGAUCUAAGACGAAAACAUUUGCAAUCACGUUUUUAAGGAAAACCUAAUUUUUCUGGAAAAAAAAAAAGCUUUUGAAUUUUUUUUCGUGAUGGAUCUCUUGUAGAUAUUUACUAAAUGUGGAGAAUAUAAUUUUUUGAGUCAUUUUCCGUCAUCUUUUCACUCAACGAUUCGGCAUUAAUCAAUUCGCAACCACCACUUUACUCUCGUAGCCGAGGCUUUUACUCUUAAUCUACAAAGCAUGUAUGCGUUGACACUUUUUACUCCAUUUUGUUUAUUUCGUUUCUGUUGUUUCCCAUUAAAGAAAUUAUUCGAUUCGGACUAAAAAACAUUCGUAAAAUUAUCGAUGCCGAAUUCUCCAUAUAUUCUAUUUCGUUCUAGUGUUGGAGAUUUAAAUCUAGUUAUUGCGGGGUAUUUUGCAAGAAUUUCCAAUAAACUAAUAGCAUUAAGUGGUUAAUCGCUAAAACGGUUCAAGUCGACUGAAUUCUCAGUUGAGUUUUUGAGAAAUAUCUCAAGCAAAGCAAAUCUCAAGCGAAUCUGAGGCAAAUAGCUAGAAUUCUGAUAAAAGCUUUUUGUUGCUCAUAAAUCGCACAAAAAAAAGGUUUUAGAUAAUCAUCAAAUUGACUUGAGCCGUUUUAUCUCUUGGCUAUUGCAUUAUAAAAAAUUGUUCAGAAACUGACGUCGAGCCGGAAAAUGGGGAAAAUACUUGGUAAUUCAUAACUAGUAAGUUACAAACAUAUGUUGUAUGUGCACAUUGUGACUGAAUUCGAGCAUAUGAAAGCAGCAGUCGAAGGCUUGAAAGAAUUGAAAUAAGGAAUUAACAGUUUGCCACGGGGAUCUUCCUGGAAAAAAUGAAUGUGAGAGAGAAAUAUAUUUUGGAGACUUUACAAUAGCAAGAACGAUUUGAAAAAAAUAUUUGUGUGGGAUUUUAUGAAAAUAAUUGGAUAUAAUUGUAGUGAAAAUAUACCAUUUUAGGGUAUCCAAAUGGUGUACCCCUAGAUUUGAUCCUUCAAGUUCGAUCUAGGUGAUGAGAUAUUCUGGAAUGAUCUCAAUAUUUAUUUAGCUGCCUAAUAGUUAAAAAAGUGGUGCCAUAAAAUUGCUUUGAAAUCAAUAUUUAGGGAAGGUAAGUGCAUUAAGGGGUUAUUCUCAUGUGAGCACUUCAAAAAAUCGAUUUUUUUUUUUAUAUAUUUUGACAGUAUAACCUAUUGAAAACAUGCUGUGAAAAAUUCAGACCGAAAU